CUAUAGCAUCUGUAGGGGUUAACUGACUGGUGCUGACUUGCGCUCACGGAUUUUACUACAGGCUUAUUCUGUUCGCAAAUCUAUCUUCAAGCCAGCAGUGUGUUGAUUCGGAUAAAAUCGCAGACGGGUGGACCCGGUGUGAAUUGUGUAGAUUUUUUUCGGAAAAAAAAGGAAUAAAAAAAAAAAAAAACGUCGCAAAGGGCAGAAUGGAGAGAUUAGCUGAGGUGAUACUUUUCCCCUGUCUUUUGACCGUGUGUUGCUUACCCUCAAUGGUCUACACGGCUGGUGGCGGAGGUGGUUGGAGCUACUCAUCCUCAGCAGCGAAUGGUCCUGCUAAUUGGCACACUGUUUCAGCCAACUGCGGGGGGUCUAGUCAAUCCCCCAUCAACAUCGAGACCGAUAAGGCCAAAUUCGAUUCAAAUCUCAACAACUUUGACCUACAAAAAUUCGGGUCAUCAAAUGGUUUGACGUCGUCUUAUUUGAAGAACAAUGGGCACACAGUUCAAGUUGACCUGCCGGGUAGCGAUUACCUUGUAAAAGGUGGCGGUCUACCAAAGACGUACAAACUUGUACAGUUUCAUUUUCACUGGGGAGCCACAGACAGCGAGGGAUCUGAGCAUACCGUUAACUCGAAUAGUUACCCGAUGGAGGUACAUUUUGUGACAUUUGCAAACUCGUACGGUGACAUUUCCACGGCACUGGGACACCCGGAUGGACUUGCAGUUCUCGGAUUCUUCUUUGAGAUAGGAAGUGCUGACAACACCAACUGGAAUCCCAUAGUAAACCUACUGGACAACGUCAGAUAUGCAGACACUAACGUUUCCUUGCCUACAAACUUCAACCUUGACUCCCUACUUCCGUCAGAUAAGCAGGUGUAUUACCGUUACAGCGGAAGUCUAACCACGCCCACCUGCAAUGAGGUCGUCACGUGGACGGUCUUCAAACAAACGAUUAAAAUAUCAGCUGGACAGAUGGCAGCUUUUCGAAGAGUGUUCCAAAACAUUGAAGGUUUAAGUAAUGUCACAAUGGCCGGCAAUUUUCGACCUCUUCAAUCGUUGGGCAGUCGGGAGGUCUACACUAGUUCCGGUCAUGUGCAAUCUGUUACCUACAGUGUUGUCACUGCCUGCGUUUUGUCUGUGAUUUUCUCGAUGAAGUACAAGAUCUUCUAAACUCUUAAUGUCUUUUUUUUGGCUCAAAUGUUGAGAUUUGUUUGAAUACUCCAUACACGAUCUUGAUCAACUAGUCGAACAAACGGGCCCAUACCUUGAUAACAAAAUAUUCUCCAGUGAAAUGCUAGCGUUCAAUGGCUUUUUCUCUUUGAAUUCGACUCCACGUGAUACUAACCGAUUAUAACAUACUGAUGGGACAAGCACUGGUGCCUCGCAUUAGUCUCGUACAUUGCCACAGUACCUAGAUUACCAUAGUAUAGCCCUACACACAUUGUCAUUGUGCAGCCCUAAACACAUCUAAAGAAUAUUGCACAAUGAAAACUGAAUCAAAGAAACAUUGCCUUUUGGACAGGUGAAAAAACUAUACCUAGUUCAUCUUCAACGUAAAUUAUGUUUAUGGUGUUAGCACUUGAUUGAGCAUUCAGUAUUUAUUAUUUAUAUUACUCGACUAAUCUAGUGGUGGAAUAACGGGUGUGUCAACAUUCUGUAUAUACCCAUACAUGCAAUAAUAACACGAAUAUAUAAUAACGAUCGUGAUAAUAAGUAUAUAAUAAUACUUUUUUAUAUUCAGGAUAUCUUAAUAUUUCACCUUGGGACAAAGGGCAGAAACGCAUACAUAUUCUUAAGUAAGCGAAACACCCUCAGCCUUGACUGUGUAUGCCACUUUGGGGGAUUUUGUGCUGUUUGUUACUGUACAUACAGAAUAAAAUUAAACGUUCCAAUUAGAAUUUGAUGUAUUUCCAAUGUAUUUCCAGUGGAAUUCACCGUUAUUCUCUGUGGUGGAUUUUCCUAAUGUCCAUUGGAAUUCACCGUUAUUCUCUAUGGUGGAUUUUGGCAUUGUCUACUGGAAAUCGCCGUUAUUCUCUAUGGUGGACCUUGGGCCUUGUCUACUGGAAUUCACCGUUAUUCUCUAUGGUGAAUUUCCCUAUUAUCCAUUGGAAUUCACCGUUAUUCUCUAUGGUGGAUUUCCCUAUUGUCCAUUGGAAUUCACCGUUAUUCUCUAUGAUGGAUUUAGGCCUUCUCUACUGGAAUUCACCGUUAUUCUCUCUGGGGAAUUUCCCAAUUGUCCGUUGAAAUUCACCGUUAUUCUCUAUGAUGGAUUUCCGUAUUGUCCAUUGGAACUCACCGUUAUUCCCUAUGAUGGAUUUUCGUAUUGUCCAUUGGAAUUCACCGUUAUUCUCUAUGAUGGAUUUCCCUAUUGUCCAUUGGAAUUCACCGUUAUUCUUAAUGGCGAGUUUGCCCAUUCCCACAAAUUAAAACUUACUUUUAAGAUUUAUACAUAACAUUGUCAUAGAUCGGAAAAGAUUUCCACAUUAUUGUCGAUGAAGUCUCAUUUUACUUUUCUUUUCUAAUUUCAAGUUUAAAAUUCCAAUAAGUUUAAGAGUCCCAUACCAAAUAUGAAGUUACACAUAAAAAAUGUAUAAUAUGACUCAAAAUCAAAAUCCUGAGGUAAGGUCUGAUAACAAUAGAAAAAAAGAAAAAAAAA